ACUCACGUGCUCCGAAAAAAUUCUCUCAUUCAUAUGCAUUUAGUAGCAUGUGAGCAGUCUUGAAUUGUAGUUCAAGUUUAUUUUGUAAUUUUUGAAAAGUUUCUUAACCAUUUUUUUUUUUUAACAUUACAAUUUGGAAAAAUCAUGUACACAGUAUCAAAAGGUCCAAGUAAAAUUGUAGCAAAAACACGAAGAGGAAUAAAUCAAAAUCUUGAACGAUUAGAAACAUUAAGAGAUCUUACGAGAAAACCAGAUCCUGAUGAUGAUCAGGAUAUUAUCCGUCAUGUGCCAAAACCGGUUUUUCACAUGAAUGGAAAAUCAAAAUUAAAUUCACAAAGGCAUCAAAUUCAAGAAGUGAUUACUCCUCAACAUGAAGAACUCAUCAAAUUUGUUUACGAAUCAUGGAGCCAAGUAAACGUCAGACAAAGGAAUUUGUCGUCUAACGGUUCCGAAUGCCCUGAGCUUUCCAGUUCAAAUUCGAUAGUGUACUACAAUGAUGGUGAACCAAACGACAUUUUGCAGGAUUUUAAACCAUUCGAUUUGGAGUCGUGGUGGGGUAAAAGAUUGUUUAACAAUCUUACAAAGUCGCUAUGAAGGAAAAGAAUGUCGUGUUGGAAUUUCAAUUGAAAAACAUCACAAAAUUUUGUAGCAAACGUUAUCAACAAAAUAACGAAGAAGUGAGUCAGAAAACAAUUUAGUUUAUCUAGUACUCGAGCCUCAAAGCACAUUAAAAAGGGAAAUAUUAAUUGAUUUAUAUUUCCCGAGGUCGAUUUUUAUAUAUAUAUAUAUAUAUAUAUACGUAGUACAGAUCUCAAUCGACUUUGGAUCUCAGUGAUUUUUAAUAAUAGACAUAAACAAUUUAUAAGAAGCCAUGUAAAUAAUUGAUGCUUCCAAUACGCUUGAAGAAACAAGACAAAAAACAAAAAAAAACACGACUGCACCAGAUCUGUUGUUUUUUUUUUCAAUUCUUGAAAAGAAUAUUUUAGCAGGUCGUUGAAGACAAAAUUUGUCAAGUAGCGCAUGUCUGAAGGGCGUGAGAGCUUAGUAAAAUGUAGACAAUAAAUUAGAAUUAAAACAAAUGAAAUCGCACCGAGUUAGAAAGUAAUAUACAAAUUUUCUUACAGCUUUUGUAAUUAUUUUUCUUUUUCACGAUCCUUACACAUACAAUAUUGUUUCGCGAAAAAAUUAUAUACAUCAGAAAUGAAAAAAAAAGUUCGUUUUACCAUUUUAUUUUGGAAGACUAUUUUUACAAAUUAAAAUAAAAUGAGAGGAAAAGAAAUUUUUCUCAAAAGCUAUGAAUGUGUGUGUUGGUAAAACAAAUUUUGAUCGAAUAGUGAUGUACAUAUUUAUAAGCGCCCGGAUUUUUUUUUCAAUUUUUUUUUUUUUUUUGUGAAUGCAUGAAAGACGUUAUUGAUUGUUAUUGCGACUACUAAAUAAAUAUGAGAACCUUUUACACUCUUAGUAUAACUUUGUAGACUGACAUAUGUUUAAGAUCGUUAUUAUGUUAUCUUCAGGCAAUCGAAGAAUUCAAUAUUAAAAAGUUGUUUUCGAUGUCUCCAUUUGCAAGCUAUGCUGUGUGGCAGUUUAUUCAAUGAAAAUCCUGAUCAUCAUUAAAUAAUACAAUAAAAAAAAUAUAUAUUUUAUUAAUAUAUUUCUGUAAAAUUUUAUGAUUUUUAUUUUUUACGGCUUCUUUUAUUAUAAUAACAGCUGUUAAUCGAGAAAUAUCCAAAAGCACAGUUUGCAAACGUAGUCGACAUGUAGUGCAAUUUUAUUUGGCUGUGAACAGCCAAAUUUUACAGUUGUUAUAGAAAAUAAAAUAUAUCUUUGUACACAAAUGUAAA